AUGAUUCGUUCAGGCGUCUUCGGUGGCAAGCGCGCUGCUGAGCAGUGGGUGAAGGGCGGCUUCAAGUCAAAAAUGGACCGUAAUGAAGCAGUCGCUAUCCUUGGCUUGAAGGAUGGGCCCCGGUUACGCACGCAGCUCAAAGACGCCCAUCGACACAUCAUGCUGGCAAACCACCCUGAUAGAGGUGGUUCACCGUAUCUUGCCAGCAAAAUCAAUGAAGCAAAAGAUUUGUUGGAUAAGGAGCUGAAGGGACGGUCUUGA